GCCGGUGCGCUCGCACAAAAAUGGCGGUGCGAUAACCUGUGUUUUGAAACCUAAUAUUUAGCAUAAUUGUAAUCAAAACCAUAUUAACGAUGGAUAUUUCAAGUAUGCUUGAAGUGCAAGUAGACGAAGUAAAGGAGUUGGACGUAAAAGAGAAUGUAACUCCCAGGGAGCUGCUUCCAAGUACGACAAAUGUCUCAGCGCCGAUUUCCCAGGAGGAAUACAGCUUUUACAAACUUAUGUUUGGCAAUGAUAUAUCCGCAGUACGAUUCAAAAGAUUGCAUUGCACAGCAUGCGAUGCGCAUAUUGGAUCUGCAGUAGCAGAAUCCUACAAUAUGUGCGAACAUCCUGUUUUACACACAUUACUGUGUGCCAAAUGCAGAGACUUUUAUGGAGAUGGUACCUUUGAGCAAGGUGAUGAUGCCACAGAUAUGUUCUGUAGAUGGUGCGCAAACGGUGGCAAUUUAUACUGUUGUUCGUUCUGUAGUAAUACUUUCUGUUAUAAGUGCAUUAGAAGGAACUUUGAUCCAAUUUUAAGAAAAAAGAUUGAGGCAGAUGAAAAGUGGAAAUGUUUUGUUUGUGAUCCUAGGGAUUUGUAUACUGCCAGAGCAACCUGCUGGGCUUUGCUUCAACAUAUUCAAACGAUGAACAGGUUACUACAAAAUAAUUGUAAUUUGACUGAGAAAGAGAUAGAAGAAAAGAUGAACUUAGAUGAAACAAAGUGUUGUCCGCGUAGAAGAAAACGAAAACGCCGAAGAACCGCAUCCAAUUCGGAGGAAGAAGACAAAACUUAUAUACCGGAAUUGAUGGAAACAACUUCGAUUACGAAACGCAGAAGAAGAGGUCGAGGUAGAGGAAGGUUUUUCAACGGGAACAUAUCCAUAUCUGAGAGGCCACAUAGUAAGGUAUCGGAAGGAAAGUUUAAGCCUCAUGCAAUACUACCGUCCUUAUUCUCCUGUGAACAAACGAUAGUCGAAGGUAAAAAUGCCAUCGUUAACACAAGCGGUGUCAUCUCUCAACAUCAAACCACCUCGUUUCUUCAUAAAGUUAAGUCUACUUCCGUGCAACAUCCAACAAUGUAUAACACAAUUAUGAACGUUGUGACAGCACCAAACUUUCUGCACCCUACAUCUUCGGUUGUACCUAUUUCGCAUGUUUCUGGUUCGAUAAAUCCGAUGAAUCAAAUGAAUUUAUAUCAGGCGAUGCCUUACACACCUGUCCCAAUGGUUACCAUACCUAAUCAAAGCGUAAACAUACUGAAUAGAUCUCAUUUUUCUUUACCAGAGGUACAAACGUCGCUUUUGAAACCAAGAUCUAACGUUAUAGAAAUUGAAAGUGAUUCAGAUGAUGUAGCAGUCGUAGGUUCAUCGAAAUCAUCAUCCUUUAAGAAUAACAUUGAUAGUAAUAAGGCGGUACCUGUUGCUCUUGUGAGUUUGAAAACAAUUGACACAACAAAAACGCUAGAGACGUCAGUUAAAUGCAAUGAAAAAACCUUGAAUCAAAAGUUGCUUCCGCAUGGUCAGGAAGUUGAUAAUAUUUUAACAAAUCUAAGGAUUGAACUUCAAGAUUUGUUCAAGGCGUCAAAACGAGAUGAACUUAAAAAGUAUGAGUUAAAUGAGGCUCGUGUCGUGAUUAAGCAAUUUCACCGUAAAAUACGUAAUGCUGUUACGCAGUUAGCAUAUGUUAAUGAUAGAAUAGUACGAGAGUAUAAUAGGUGGAAAACGCAGCACUUGAAAACGAGUUUCGUUCAUUCGACGAAUAGUAAUGAUACCCCUAACGUAGACAAACACGAAGACAUACCUUUAAAUAUGAGUUGUGUUAACGAGUCUGAUUCGGAUUCGGACACUGAAAUACAAUAUGAUAGCAUGAAUCCAUCUGAGUUUAUUGGUACCACAAAUGCUGUGGAAGAAAUACAGUUUUUCAAGAAUAAAGCUACUGUAAACAAAGCUAUCGGUAAUGAUUCGGUUUCACUGGUUGAUAAAUCAAUACAAAUAUAUGAUGUCGAAUUGCAAGAUUAUGAUAAAUGCAUAAGUCAUUCUAAAUUGAAUAAAAUUGAUCAGGAAACAGAAAAACAAAAUUCUUCGUCAGUAUCAAGUAGAGAAGACAAACAAUUUAAAAGUUAUGAAGAACAUUUUAUUCGUUUCUUACAAAAAGGUAAUGCGAAGGUUCAAGGUGUGCAGGAUUCAAAGAAAUUACCUGAUCCGAAUGAAACUCCUUUAAAGGAUCUAAUAGAGGCCAAUUCACCAUUUAUUUCGGAAAUGCUAGAAACGAUGGAUAAAUCAGUUGUACCAAGUACUAGUAAUUUAAACACUUCUGUUGCAAAGGACAGUAGCUCUAAAUCCGCAGCUCAGCCAAUGAAUUCAAUCACAUGCAAAGCGGUAGAUGAUCUUGUAAAAAUGGUUAGUAACAUGAAUGAUAAUUUAGAAGAAGCAAAGACUAUUAAAAAAGAAUCUAUACCCGUUGAUGAACUUCAGAAACAUUCUAGUGAUGAAAUUUGUGUAGAAAAUGAAAUGGAGAAGAACGAACAGAAUACGAGUAGGAGUAAUUGCGGUAUAGUUGAGAUUGAAAGCAGCAAUGAAGACGACUGUACUAUUAUUGACGAUUAAUUAAACAAUAGUUAUUAACUAAGUUUCGUAGAACUUUCAUCAUUUGUUAACAUUUGUAUAUCUUAUUAUUCACAAUCAAUCAAAUAUGCGAAAAUCGGUUUGGAGUAUUGUUUACGAAAAGAAUCAACAUCGGUAAGUUUUAGUUUUUAGUUUUAGAUCAUAAUAUAAUUCCACUUUGAAAAUUCUUUUCUUGCAUUUUUCUAUGCGUACAUAAAGAAUCUGAAGGUAAAGUUAUAAUACAUGAAUUCAUAAUGAUAGUAUUGCCUAUUGAUAUCUCAAAUUUACUGAUGUAAUUCUCCUAUAAUUGAUCACCCUAAAAAAAUCCUAACUGAAUAUUCAAUAUUUUCAAGUAUCUACACAUGUAUAAAAAUUGGAACAUAUUUUAUUAACUCAUUAAAUAUUGCUUAUUGAGAAUAAGUAAAACAUAUACAUGUUUCGAUAGUGAUGUGGAUCAUUAUGCUAGUUAAAAAUAUUUGCCACGUAUACAAUGUAUUGUAUAACGCAAAUUAUGUACAAAGUUUUAGUAGUUCUUUUUAAUAUUUAAAAUGUUAAUUACUGUUUAUUGUAAAAAUUUUAUACACGACAUUUAUUUAUGACCUUCCGUUUCAUUUGUCACUUUUUAUUUCAUAAGAUUAUGGACAUAGAAAAAAAAAGAAUUCUGUCAUUUAUAUUUGUGCGUAAACAUCAGUUAACGUUUGCAUAAAUAUGUUUUAUAAGAAUACUUAAUAUUGUAUUUACAUUCAUAUAGGUAAUAGAUGUGAAUAAAUAAAUAUUGAAAACUAAUGAAAAAAGAAAACCAUAAAAAAUAUUGAUGGUUAUUGUUUUAUACGUCCUAAGCUAAUAGUUCAUUCUUAGUUUAUUAAUAUUAUAUUGAAACAAAUGAACCUUUGUAUGAUAAUUGUAAAUUCAUCUGAUAAUUGGACAUAG